GGCAACAAAACAUGGGUCACAUCAUUUAUCUUGUCGGGACUCCAGCUCCAUACAGAGAUGGAAGUGUUCCUCUUCUGGAUUGUCUCCUUGUUUUAUGCCUUCAGUCUACUGAGGAAUAGGAUGAUCUUGGGGCUCUUCCGUCUGGACCCCAGACUGCACAACUCCAUGUACUUCUUCCUCGCACACUUGGCUGUCAUUGACAAGGCCUUUGCUUCCAACAAUAUCCCCAAGAUGCUGGCAAACCCAGGUGAACAUGAAAAAACUAUUUCCUUUGUCUCAUGCAUCAUGCAGAAGUUUUUGUUUUUUGUUUUUGCUGCUACGGAAUGACUUGGUGAUGAUGUCCUAUGAUAGUAUGUGGCUAUCUGCCAUGCCCUUCAUUCAACUGUCAUCAUGAGCUAGAGAGUGUGCACUGUCCUGGCCAUCACUUCCUGGACAUGUGGGUUUAUCGGCCUCGUAAAUGUGAUUAUUUUCCUAAGACUGCCUUUCUGUGGGGCCCAGGAAGUGAACCGUCUCUUCUGUGAAGUGUUAUCUGUCCUCAAGCUGGCCUGUGCUGAUACCUGAAUCGAUGAAGUCAUCAACUUUGCUGCCUGCAUAUUUGUCUUUGUUGGGCCCCUAUGCUUGGUGGUAGUCUUCUAUACACACAUCCUCUGGGCCUUCCCGAGGAUCCAGUCCAGGGAGGGCCUCAGAAAAGCUUUCUUCACCUGCUUGUCGCACAUUUACAUGGGAGGGCUCUUCGUUGGCAUAGCCAUGGUGGUUUGUUUGGUCCCAGACAGCAGUCAACUACAGGAGCAGCAGAAAAUCCUCUCCAUAUUAUGGUCUUGUUACCGCAGUUUCACGAUUUGGGGAGCUAACAUCAGGAUCUUACUUGGAGGCUGGGAUGGGCUGGGGGAGGGAAAGGAGAGAAAGAAGAAAGAAGAAGGAAAAAAAAUUGGCUCAGGUACUGUUCAAGAUAUGGCUGAGCAGCCUGUUUGUCUCUUCAACUUAGUGCUGAAUCCCUACAUCUACAGCCUGAGCGGUGCCCAGAGGAAGGGUGCCUUCUACAGAGCACUGGGGAAGAAGAGUGCCAUGUGACUGAGGGUAGAGUUUUAGUGGAGGGAAAUGUGGUUGGCUGACGUAAUAGAACUCAACACAAAUUCACAACAGGAAGUUUAUUAUAAGAAUGGGAAUAGUUCCAAUCUUGUUCCUGAACAUGGGACAAAAUUCUGCAGAUAAAAAAUAUCCUCUUAGUUUGAGAAGCCAUGACAGAAUAUGGGUCAGAUCAAUGAUGGGAAUAUUUAAUCUCUUUUUAAAGUGUUGAAAAAAAUAUUUUUUAAAUCAUAAAUAGGGUUGUUUGGAGAAAAAUUUUUGUUUUAAUGUCAGAAAGUUACAUUUAUAUGUUAUUCUGGCUGAUCGAGCUGGACAUAUGUGACUCCUUACCAUCUCGAGGUAGCAAAACUUGACACAGUGGCUGCAACAAUGAGCACAAGUAUAGCAACAAUUGUGAGGAUGGCACAGGACCCGGAAGUGUUUCCUUCUGUUGU